GUUGGAUUUUCAACACAAUUCACUAAUCGAAUAUUUAAUUUACAUAGGUAUUUAAAAAGUGCUGAUGACGCAGAUAAAAUAAUGCUAUAUUAUUCCAGUUAUCUUGAGCAUAGCCUGUAGCGAAGCAAUAUUCUGUCUCGUUGCAUUAUUUAUAUCAGCCGACACUUGCCUUGUCGAUCGCUUAGCCGGGUAUAUUUUUCUUGACACAUCUUUUGUUGUGAGGCCGGCUUUUUAAAAUUCUUUCGUCUGAUCGCCUUGUCCUAUUCGAACAACGGUAUUGAUUAUAGCUGUGUACACACCAUAAGUGUUUGGUGAUUGCCUUUUAAACAUUCAAUACAUGUUGUAGAGUACGACAUUCCUAUGGUGUGUUGUGUUGGAAAGGGACUUGCACAGCAGAGCAACAACUGACAUAGAGCGAGUGAUAGACUCUAGAUUCCUAGAUCUUGAUUGUAGCCAAUUUACACAUUGGAUAUAGAUUCUACUUUCUGUGACUUAGCGAAAGCUACCAAGGUCCAGAGUGUGCUUAUAUAUAUCAUAGUAACCUUUACUGGAUUGUAGAGAAUAGACUAAAAUAAAAUGGAUUUGAAUAUCAAAUGGACAGGAAAAAAGGGUCGCCGGGGAGAAACAGAAAUGUAUUCAGAGGCUCUGUGCUUGUUUCCAUACUGGUAGAAAGCCACCCCAAGCAAUUCCCUGACAGGGCUGCUGCCUUCAAACUUGGCCAAAGACUUUUUCGUGAAGGUCAGAUUCGAAGUAUCUUUGGUUCCAAUGAGUUCCAAGACUCAGCCCAGCUCUAUGUCUGGUGUGAUGACGAUGGUCGCAGGAAGGAAAAUGAACAGACUAUGACAUCACCUACCUCUUCCUCUGGCAGCUUCUCGAGUGCCUCCCAAAUCAAGUCAGACCUCAAGUUAAUUCAGGACAUCAAGGACAAAGUCCUGAACCGCAGCGAGGCCUACAACAUUGUGACGUCCUACAACACAUUUUUCCAGGAGCUGGAGCAGGACUUUGGCUUAAGUCAUGACCCCCAGUCCUCAAGAAAAGUCAACCCUGCAGGCAGCAACUCGUACAAUGUUCCUUACACCAGCACACUAGAACACAAGAAAAGCACAGUCUACUCCACCGACAGCUCCGUGGAGACGCCAAACAACUCAGGGCAACGUGGCGGCGCUAACGACGAUUUACAUCAUCUUAAACCUGGUUUACCGUCACCUCAUUCAAAACAUUCCGCAGAUACGUCUCCUCGUCUGGUACACGAUGGGCGGCAUUUAUCCCAGAAAGUAAAUCAUAUACCUCAAAGUAUUCCAGAACUUUCUAACAAUAGUCCUCAUACCCCUGGUGAUUCAGCUUUGCGGGCUCAGCCUGCGCCUAGUACUAAUAAAAAAGGAAUUCAUUCUUCGCAAGAAGCCCCGCCUCAUUUGAAACAUGCUCCUAAUCAAACUCCAACCAAUCAUAUUCGUCCGCAACAGUUAGCCCUUGUAACGCCUGACACGCCUCGAAGUGAUAGUCAGACGGACUCAACCAUAGUCGGGGAAGACAGGUUAGGUAAAAAUAUUAAAUCUGACACCAAACAACCCCCCGUGCCUGCAAAUAUGGAUUUUGACGUAGGUUCCAGUAAUGUUGGCACUAUUAGCAGCCAGGUGUCUUCUGUUGUAGCAGAGGGCAGUGAUAACACCACCAUACCUCAAGCAGCGGGUGAUGCUGUACAUAGCAGGAAUAACAAUUGGACUCAGGGAUCUUCAUUUUCUCAUGCCGCCACCCCUUUCAAAACAAAAUGGACUGAACCAUCUUCUGUCACACCCAAUACAAACUUACAUUACGCUUCUUCUGAGAUUGUGGAUAGGGUGGAGAGCAGUGAAAGAUCGAGGUGGUUGGACGUGGUCAAUGAGGGCGGGGAUAAUGGCCGCAGGUGGCCGGAGAGUACGAACUCGUACUCGGACAACGAGAAGCAGCUUCUGGAGGAGAUGAGGCGGAUGAAGAAGGAGCAUCAGAACACGCUGAGGACGUACGAGGGCCGCAUCAACAAGCUGAUGGCCAAGAUGCAUGAGCUGAGGAACAUUGCUGAGAUGCUGGAAAACAGCUCAAACAAGUCCUCGCCCUACGGGGUUCUGCCAGGGAAAUUAGCAUUACUGAAUAUAUUGGGUGACAAGGAUCUGGACAUGAAGAAACUGACCCCUAUAUCUGGAUCCCUGGAGACUGACCAGGUGCCCCCACCCCUCCCACCCCGGCCGGGGAGAGGGACCAAAGUGUACCCUAACAAACCAAUCAUUCACACAGCAGUCUCUAUGAGGAACUUGUCUUGGUCUAGGAUUAUAUUAGAGGACAACGGUGGAGAGCCAGUGAACACAGUCUGGCAUGGAAUGAUUGAACCAAAGAUUGACACAACAGAGCUAGAAAGAUUAUUCUCUAGUGAAUCUGAUAUUCCCAGUGACGUCACUCUCUAUGAUGACAUCUGCUUGCGAAGGGGACGGACAAAAUCUCAGGUUGUGACAAUCUAUGAUGCGGACAGGUCACAAAGAAUUAUAUCAGAGCUCAAGUCCCUCCACUGUAAACUGCACCAGGUGAUACAGGCAUUUGCCACCCUCAACUGUAAUGACCUUCACACUGACAGUUUUGCCGAGCUUCUGGAACUGCUUGCCUCUCAGAGAGAGCUGGAUAAGAUACAGCACCAUGUCAAGAGGAAGGGGGCAGGUCACUUAGAUAUCCCAGAGUUCCUUGUCUUUGAACUUUCAAAAGUGGAUCAUUUCAGAGAGAGGCUAGAAUUUUUACGCUUUAAGAAUAAACUCCAGAUCAACCUUUUUGAAAUAGAUCAACAACUUCGAGAGCUACAUACUGCAUGUGAGGAAAUCACUACCAGCCUCUCCUUGAAGCAUGUCCUCGAGACAGUCUUAGCAGUUGGAAACUACAUGAAUGCUGGGACUGACAAGGGGCAGGCUGAUGGUUUUAAAAUUGAUGGGCUCAAAACACUGAAAGAAAUAGAGGACCCUUCCAAACAGUGCAAUCUCCUGGAGGUGGUGAUGAGAAUCUACUGCCAGGUCUUUGAGUCAGACCUGGAGUUUGGCUGUCCCACACGGUUCCGCUUGCCUGAACCCUCUAUCAUGAGACAUGCAGCACAGGUUUCAUUUGAAGAUAUUCAAAGAGCACUCAAAGAGUUAAAAGAGGAAUUAUUUUUUGUCAAAAAUAAGCUUGAGUCCCUGACCAAACGAGAAGGCAAUACAGUGACUAUAGCCCUGAGAGUGACCAGUGAAAAUUUUAUGGUGUCUGCCAUGGAAAUGUUAGCAGAUGAACAGAAGUUGCUGGACAACACCAGAGUCUAUUUUUGGAAGACUGCUGCCUUCUACAGCCACGAUGGCAGACAGUCCACCCCAAAUGAUUUUUUUCAGAUCUGGGCUUCCUUCCUCCAUGACUGUAAAUACUACUGGAAACUUGCUCACAGGAACUUGACUAAAGCCAAGUUCAACAAGGAUCUGGCUGUGAAAAAUGAUGCGCCCUCCACCAGCCCGGGGCCCAGCUUCACCACCCUCAAGUCAGCUCUGAUCAAACACAUGUCAGCUUUUGACCAGGAGCAGGCCAAGAAGGCCCAGAGACUACAGCACAUCAACUCCUGGAUAGAGUCCGUAGAGAAAUAUUCCCCUGGUCUUCAAGCUGAGGCUGCAGGUUUUCUUCCUGUUGAUAUUCAGCCACAAACAAACCAAAGGCAGUUUCCUGAAGAAGUUCAUCAACCAGAAGACACAUCUCCUCCGUAUAUUAACCAACCCGCGAUUCAGUACUUACAAGAUAGAAAUUCCGAAAGUGCAAGAUUUCAGAGAAAUAAACCUGACCAGGAUAAUUUUAUAAACAGGAACGAGAACCAUUUAUCCUACCCCGACACGCAUGACCGGACUUCUCCCAAACCCAUCAAAGCCACCCCGCCUAACGUCAUCAAACCAAAGCCCAUCACACAUGCAAGCCCAUCUUUAUCCUCCCCCUCGUCAAACUCCGCGGCCCAAGCAGGACCUGUCGUACCCAGCAAGCCUGAACUGAAAGUGGAUACAAACAACAACAGGAAUAAAAUCAUCUACCAGGAUGACUUUGGCUUUGAGCCCCUGUAUGAAAGUCUACCCAACCCAGGGGCAACCUCGGAAGACCACGCCCCAAACUUGUCAGAGAAUAUCAGCUUCAGUCCACCUCUUAGUAGCCCCAAGUCACCUGAUCUAGAAAACACUCAUAAAAAAAAUGCAAACUUUUUCAAAUCUUUGUUGAAGCGCGACCAGAAAAGAUCACCCGGAACGGACGAACACACCUCACACAAAAGCGUCUCCGCACCAAUAAACAAACUCCGUCAAAAUUUCUUCCAGAAAUUGUCAGGCGGUGGCAGUUCUAAAAAAUCUGAAGAUUCAAAAACGUACCCACCUAAAGCUUCUCCAAGCAACGAAUCACCGGUCAAACCUCUGCGGAGUUUACCGCGAGACCAGCCCACCUUCAUCCCUCUGGACCUGCAGCCUGAGCCUGAGAACAAGAACCUCCCCAACUUGGAGGAAGCCAGGAAAAACAUCAACUACCAGAACUAUUUGUACAAAGAGCAGCAGAGAUCAAACGAGGUGCCGCCAAUACCAUACCGCCCGGAGAACCUUGAAGAAGCUCACGGGAAAAAUUUUCAUGAGAAUCAAGAACCUCUUUCAUUAAGUUCAAAAGACAGAGCAAAUCCUAUAAACAAGGAACACCUCACACAUAAUGAGAGAGAAUGUUCACCAGAUACUAAAAAGAAUUCAGACAAAUUAAAAAAUAGUGAUAUGGCUUCUCAUCGACUUAGAAACAACCUUAAUAUAGAUGGAGCUGAUGGAAGUGGAGGUAGGUCUAGUGGCAUCACAGGCAAACCUAGGGUCAGGGCACCCAUAGCUCUGGGCAGCAACAUGAGCAUCUCUGAGGCUUAUGGCAAGUCCACAGAACCAGCAGAUCAUAACGGACAGGGGAACUCAGAUUUCCAGCAGACGCACUCCUCUAAAGAGAGAGUGCCGGCAGACCCAAGUUUUGGUCACUCUGCUCCUAGAACCAGCAACCCUGACCCCAAGUGGGUCAAGGCCAAUCCUGUUCCUGUGUAUAAAGCCAAGCUGAUCCCGAAUUAUGAGAACCAGACGAAAUACGAUCCUCACUUUGGUGUGCGCGGCCAAGCUGAAGCACCUGCUCAAGUUCCUCACACCAACUCUGAUUUCUACAGACAAGAGCUCCAGAAGAAAAGUGAACUCUAUGUAGGCAACGGCAGCUACCCAUCCCCUAACUACAAAACUGAAGCAUCAGGUUCUUCAUCGAACAAGUCCCCCAAUCCCAACCAGUACCAUGCAUCUCCCAUUGUUGUUUCCAGGGACGGUUACGUCAACAGCUUCGCUAACGAACAAACCAGAAACGCAGGUUCUCAUGUUAAUUCCAAUGACCAUCUCGUAGACUCCCAGAAAAAGAACUACGAAAAUCAAUUUCCCCAGCAUGGGCAAUCUCGGGCAUAUGCUGACCACUCGCCCCAGCAGUCGAGACAGAGUUCCAAAAAUGUUGACCGUAACUUCAACCAUGGACCAGAUGGGUGGCGGGGUGUAGCCACGAUUGGGCCGGGUGUGUACACGAAUUCUGAGAAUAAAAAUAAACCUCAGGGUGUUCCAAGGAGCUCUAGUGCUCAUGAUGUUCUUGACAGGGACGUGGAGCAGCACAGUAGGAAAACACAGGCUCAGAGGAACCCAGAAAACCCUGAGAUGAAACCUCCUUAUAGAAUAUCCAGGCGGGACAUAGCUGAUAAAAAAAUAACACCCAACUCGCAUAGAGAGUACACAAACAACCAGGAUCAAAAUGGUCAGUCAGUCACAACUUUGAUUGACAGGUUCGAGAAAAAACCUGAUUUCAGCAGGUUGGGUCUCAUUGACAUGGACGAUAAACCUCCAUCCAUGACCUCGACCCCGGUAGCUCGCAGAAGGGUCAUGCUCAAGCCCCAAGAUGACCUCAGUAAACCAGCAAGCCGGGCAACCAAUGACCACACCAGGUCUAAAUCUGCAGGCGGUGUAAAAGCCAGCCCAAGAGACCAAGUCCCCAACAGUCACAUGCAUAAUGGUCAGUCGCAUAAUUCCAAACAACCUUUGAACUCUCAGGAUCUGCUGCAGGGUAAUUUAAAAUCCCCACCGUUUGUAUCUAGAUCCCCGCACCAAGCCGUAGCACCGUUUUAUAUUCAACCUUCAGGGAGUUCACGCCCACAUAGUCAAGAACGACAUUCUAAUCACGUCACAACAUUGGAGAACUACAACUACGAGAACCAGAGAGGGACCAACCCACACAGCUACCACAGGGAGGCUCUCCACCACGACAGCAGGAACUACACAGAGAUCAAGGCCGAGGACCAGAUACAGAUGUCCAAUUUGAAAAUCCACAGCCAGCCGUCCAGCGACCGGGGGAGGUCGGAGCCCAGGCAGUCCAAGCCGCAUCCGUCUCAUCACAGUCCCAGACAGGAUAAAAACAACCAUUUCUCCACGCCUUCCUCUCAUCACACCAACCCUCCUCCCUCUCAUCAUUCCAACCCUCCUCCCUCUCAUCACUCCAACCCUCCUUCCUCCCAUCAUAACAACCCUCCUCCCUCUCAUCACACCAACCCUCCUUCACAUCACUCCAACCCUCCUCCUUCACAUCACUCCAACCCUCCUCCGUCUCACCACACCAACCCUCCUCCUUCACAUCACACCAACCCUCCUCCCUCCCAUCAUAACAACCCUCCUCCCUCUCAUCACUCCAACCCUCCCUCCCACCACACCAACCCUCCUCCUUCCCACCACACCAACCCUCCUCCUUCCCACCACACCAACCCUCCUCCCUCCCACCACACCAACCCUCACUCUAACCCCACUCCAUCCAACCCUCCCAAACCAGCAGCUCGACAAAACUACCCCAAACCCCAACCCUACGAAGACCCCGCCCCCACACAACAGCACCCCUACCCCCAAGACCCACCCCCAAACGACCAACAACCCUACGGCCACACCCAAUCCACCAUCGUCCAGCCCCAACCCCACAGACAACAGCAGACCGUCCUACCCAGCUACACCCCAGCCCUGGACCCCCCUGACCUCAAACCCCCACCCUCCUCCUCCAACACCAUCAUUCACCAGACCCACUACGGCAACCCGCCCUACAACAACAGCAACGAUGAGGUCCUACACGCCCAGUACUUUAAAAACGUUGAAAGCCAAAGACCCAUCAAGUCGUCAAACUCAGCCUUCGAGCGACCCUUAAAGCCUGGGGCAUCCUAUGGAAGACAGCCAGGGGCUUUGGCUGUUGUUAAGCCCACUGUUAUGAAUAUUUAAGUAUCUCGUCUGUUGUAGUCAAGCCUUUUCAUGAAUUUAUUUGUACAUUUUUUUAUUGCAACAUUUCAGGUAUUUGUUAAAUUAUAUAUAUAUAAAAAAAGAAACAAAUGUACUUAAAUUUAAAAAAAAAUUAUAUUUCAAGUAUUUGAAAUAGUAUAUGUAAAAAAAUGUAAAACGUCUAAUUUAAUUUGAUAGUUGGUAAAGACAGUUCAUGAAUCCAUGAAGUUGAUUAAAAACAAGGAAUUAUAAGAGAGAACAAGGAAACUAGUACCGAAACAACCCCCACCAUGCAAUGCAUUUUAGUGUGUCCUUCCUGUACACACUGGGCACAUAAUAACAGUAUUUGGAGAAAAUACUAAGUCAAUAUUUUACUACAGCAUUUCUUUCAAUGCAUUGUGUUUAGAAUGGAUGAUAUUUAGUAUGGACCAUUUUAACAGGGGCCAUUAUGUACAAUGGAUCAUUUUUUAUAUGGUCCACAUUAAGUAUGAACCAUAUAAAACAUUGAGCGUAUAGUGUGAAGAUGUUUUGGACGACAUAUAAUAUUGGACCAUAUGUUGCAUGGACCAUGUCUGAUAUGGACCAUUAUUAUAAUAUACUGUAUUAGGUAUGGAUCAUACUUUGUUGUAUGUUAACAUUUUUGUAAUACAAUCAACUUGUAUUCUCUUUUUGAUUGUGCAUUUUCAGUUGUACAUACAAUGCAAUUUCUGUUUCAAAAUGUCACUAGAACAGAACUAUAAAGCUUUAAAAACAAAUUUUAUAUAUCAAAUGUUAUCAUCUGUUGUAAGAAUGUGUUGCAAAAAAAAUGUUUUUAUGCAAGAAAGUUAAAGAAAUAUAUUGUUUUUUAUGCAAGAAAGUUAAAGAGAUUAUAAAUAUAAAAUAUAUUUUUUGUAAAUUAAAAUACUGAAAUAUUUGUAGAUUUUUAAAAUUUAAAUUAACAAAAUCUAAAAAAAUAUUACCAGGGUAGAUUUAAGACGUGACUGAUUUUGUUUUUUUCUACAACUAAGUUUGGCCGCUUGUUUUAAAAAAAUCUGGACAAUUUUUCGUUAUUUCCUGUCUGGUUUUGGCAUACAAGGGCGAUCUUAGUUGUAGGGCUGUAGUGCCAUGCUGACUGACGUCAUAACUGUACCAACUGUGAGUGCUCAUAUGUUUGAAUCGUGAACGUUACAGUGUUGUAUCCUACAAGUGAAUUUUGUAUUUAAUUAACGAGAUACAAGAUGUCAAGGGUCACCCAUAAAGAUUACACACUCUUAGACGACUUUGUAACACAUCGUCACACUUCAUCCACCCCAACCCACCCACCCCCCUCAAAAUUUCUAUUUUUAGUUUUUCAAAACGUCGAUUUCUUUGUGAGACAUUGAGUAUAUUAAUAUAUUUCUUACAAUUAAAAAGUCCUUUAAAAUCGCGAAAUAGAAACUGAGGUUCAGUUUCUAAAAUUUUUAAAAUGUCAGCGCUGUCACUUUUUCUAACCCCCCCCUCCCCACCCACCCAAUCACACAUCGUUGCAAAAUUCGUACACUCUUCCCUUUCCCCCAUGAGUGUGAUAUCGUUUAUGGAUGACCCCUCGCAUAAAACUGUCGAUCACUAAUGUGACUUUGAAAGCUAGAAUAUUGUUAUGUGAAAAACAAAUUGUGAAAAUCACAUUGUGAACCAGUGACGUAGGCAGGAUAUGGUCGAGGGGAGGGGCUUCUUCCAAAUAAUUCCUGUAUAUAUGCAUAUAUAUACACAUGCAUUUAUAUACAUAUGUA